AGGUGCAAUAUCAAGGAUGCAUAGCUGCGUUAGUACGCGCAACUAAGAGAUCAGUUCCACUUCCACUGCGAGAAAGUAGUAUAUUUUCAUAUUCAUAUUCGAAUUGGAACCACGUUUAUUUAACGUAAUGUCUGGACCUACUGUAACAGUGCAAGAGGGAAAGUUGAUUGGCAGUGUUGACGAGGACUGUAAUCGCUCAAAAUUCUAUUCGUUCCAUGGGAUUCCUUAUGGAAAGCCUCCAGUAGGCAACCUCCGAUUCAAGGCACCUUUGCCACCAGAUUCUUGGUCAGGUAUUAGGGAUGCUACUGUCGAAGCGGACGAAAGCUACUCCCGUCAUAUGGUAUUUCAAAAUGUAAUUGGAUCAGAAGAUUGUUUGUACUUGAACGUGUACACUCCAACUUUACCAAAUAAUGAAACCAUAUUGAAACCAGUCAUGGUAUGGAUCCAUGGCGGUGGUUUCACCAGCGGAUCUAGUAAACGUGAAAUGUAUGGUCCUGAGUUUCUCGUCGCUGAAGACAUAGUUUUAGUUACUAUUAACUAUCGCUUGGGUGUUUUUGGUUUUUUGAGUUUGGAGGAUCCUGAGUUGGAUGUCCCUGGAAAUGCCGGCUUAAAGGAUAUGGUAAUGGCCCUAAGAUGGAUAAAAGAAAAUAUUCAUAAUUUUAAUGGGGAUCCUAAAAAUGUAACCAUUUUUGGAGAGAGCGCUGGUGGAUCAGCAGUUCAUUACCUGAUGUUAUCGCCGAUGGCAAAAAAUCUAUUUCAUAAAGCUAUUGCUCAAAGUGGAUGCGCAUCAAACAUCUGGGCGUGUGGGAGAAGAUGCGGGAGAGAGCUUGCAGGGCUUCUCGGAUGUCACAGUACAGACGAAAAGGAUAUUUUGGAAGUUCUCCAAAAAGCUACAAAAGAACAAAUUAUAGAUAUCCAAUUUAAAAUUGAUGAUACAUUCACAGCCUCCUAUGUUAGACCAUAUGGGCCUGUUGUUGAAGCUUUUAAGGGCGAAAACACCUUUCUUCCAGACCACCCUAUCAACUUGAUGAUUUCAGGAAAUUAUAACAAAGUGCCAAUGAUGAUGGGAUAUAAUACCAGAGAAGGAAUGCUUUCGGAAAUCAUUGAAAAACGCUCUCGUCCGAAUAAACCAAUGUUAAGGAUUCAAAAUUUCGAGACAGCCAUACCUUACUCAAUGAAUAUUGAAGCUAAUACGCCCAAAUCUCAAGAAAUUGCAAAUAAAAUAAAGGAAUUCUACUUUGGACAAGAAGAAGUUUGCGACUCAACAGUUGACAAUUAUUACCAGCUCCAAACGGAUAAUUUCUUUUUAAGAGAAAUUUACAACUCGGUUAAAUAUCAUUUAUCUACUUCCAAUUCUCCUAUUUACUUCUACCGCUUUUCCAUGGAGUCUUCAUUAAAUGUUUACAAAAAUUUAGCACAAAUCAAGGAUAAAGGUGUAUGUCAUGCUGAUGAAUUGGGAUACAUAUUUAAAAUGAUAGUAACUCCAGAUAUUACCAAAGGGAGUAUUGAAGAUAUAACAAUCAAAAGGUUAACCAGAUAUUGGACAAAUUUUGCAAAAACCGGAAACCCCAAUAAUGCUAAGUUGUGCGACAUGUUUCCGGUGGAAUGGCCGACAGUCAAAGAAAAUGAUUUCAAGUUUAUUGAUAUCGGGGAAACCUUGAAAGUCUGUGUGAACCCCGAGGCCGAAAGAAUGAAAUUUUGGGAAAGCAUAUAUGGAACUACUUCCAAACUAUAAUCAGAAUGUAUGUAUUUAAACAUUUAAAAUACACAUUUUUAGAUUUCUUA